CAGGCGCCCAGCCCAGCCUGUGUCCCGGGCCGUCCGGAGGAGCGCUCCGGGUGCCCUGCAGCCAGCCUGCCCUGAUGGCUGCGCCUCCCCUCGCAUUAUGCGCUCCGCGCCCCGCCCCGAGGGUCGCCCUGCGGCCGCUGCGGCUGCUGGCCUUGCUGGCGCUGUGCCUUCCAGUCUGGGCUGACUGUCCUUGCCGGGAACCUGCGCUCUGCCUCCCGAUCCGACACCGCCCGGACUUUGAGGUCUUUGUAUUUGAUGUGGGGCAGAAAACUUGGAAAUCUUAUGACUGGUCACAGAUUACAACUGUGGCAGCUUUUGGAAAAUAUGACUCAGAGCUCAUGUGCUAUGCUCAUUCAAAAGGAGCCAGAGUAGUGCUAAAAGGAGAUGUGCCCCUAAAAGACAUCAUUGAUCCUAGUUUCAGAGCAUCUUGGAUAGCACAGAAACUUCACUUGGUCAAAACACAAUAUAUGGAUGGAAUUAAUAUUGACAUAGAGCAGGAAGUUAAUUGUUCAUCACCUGAAUAUGAUGCGUUAACAGCUUUGGUCAAAGAAACCACAGAGUCCUUCCAUCAUGAGAUUGAGGGAUCGCAGGUGACCUUUGAUGUAGCUUGGUCUCCAAAGAACAUAGACGGAAGAUGCUAUAAUUAUACUGGAAUUGCAGAUGCUUGUGACUUUCUCUUUGUGAUGUCUUAUGAUGAACAAAGUCAGCUUUGGUCAGAGUGUAUUGCAGCAGCCAAUGCUCCCUAUAAUCAGACAUUAUCUGGAUAUAGUGACUACAUCAAGAUGGGCAUUAGCCCUAAGAAACUUGUAAUGGGUAUUCCUUGGUAUGGUUAUGAUUAUCCCUGCCUGAACCUUUCUGAGGAUCAUGUCUGUACCAUUGCGAAAGUCCCUUUCCGGGGGGCUCCUUGUAGUGAUGCUGCGGGACGACAAGUGCCCUAUAAAACAAUCAUGAAGCAAAUAAAUAGUUCUGUUUCUGGAAGCCAGUGGAAUAAAGCUCAGCAGGCUCCUUAUUAUAAUUAUAAAGAUCCUGCUGGCCAUUUUCAUCAAGUGUGGUAUGAUAACCCUCAGAGCAUUUCUUUAAAGGCAGCAUAUAUACAAAACUAUGGCUUACGGGGCAUUGGUAUGUGGAAUGCAAACUGUCUUGACUACUCUGGAGAUGCUAUAGCCAAACAACAAACUGAAGAAAUGUGGGAAGUCUUAAAGCCAAAGUUGUGACACAGACAAAGAUCUUUUGUCAAACUAUUAAGAUAUAAAAAAUUGAUCUGUAUAAAUAUAGUACAGUAUCGACAUAAAAAAUAAAUUUUUGUCAUGUUGCUAUAUUUUUAGUAUAUUAAAGAAAAGAUAAAAAAAGAAGUGCUUUGAGUGAAUUUGAAAAGAUAUUUUAUCAAAAAUAUCCAGGUCCAUACAGGCAAGAAACAAGUCAGCACACUAUAUUAAAUGUUCUGUAAAAUAUGUGAACACAACAAUUAGGAGAAAAUUGCUUUCAAAAUUUUAUUAUGCUAAAUUUCCCCCUCUGAUAUUAAAAUAUACCUUUAUAAAUCAAUGAUUAAAAAAUGCAUGUAACGUGAGUGGAAAUUGUUUGCUUAGAAGAGAUUGUUUUGAAACCUAGCCUUUGAGAGAUAAUUUGGUUUGUAUUUUUUCCAAUAAAUCUUAAAUUUGAAGCCUGGAAUUUAAUGUCUCUUCUUUAGGCUCACAAAUUGAUGAGAAUAGUUUUUCUGCUUCCAGACUCCAUUAUAGUACACGUGUGUUCUCUGAGGUACUUAACGUAUAGACACUUAAACCUUCAGGCAGUUAGUGAGAAAACAAAAGGAAUACAAAGGAUUAAAUGUACUCACAAAAUAUAAGGAGAUGACUUAGUAACAUUCUGAAUUAGUAAAUUAGGGCCACCUAAUAUUUUCCAAUUAAUAUUAUAUGAGAUUUAUCUGCAAACUUUUUAAUAAUAGGAAUAAAUUGGUGUUGAACUUGAUUCUAUUCACUGUCAUUUGUACUUUCUAUUAAUAUUACUUUGUUUAUUAACAUUUAUAAUUAAUUGGAAAGUUUUCAUGGUUAAAAUUUUCUUUUUUAUAUCUCAUUUUACUUUUAAUUAUCUAAAGACAUUUUCUCAAUUAGUUCUUCUUUCUACAAGAUUAAUUUUAUGCAAAAAACCUUUAUAAAUAUAAAGAAAUCUCUGUUCUCCUUGUCCAAACAAUUAAGAACAUUUUGCUGCACUUACAUGUAUUAGCUCCUGUAAGUAUAUAGAUUAAAAUUUUGAAUUCUUGGGCUCUAGAUUUACAUAAAUUCUGUCUUUCUUGCACACUGUCCCCCAUUUUAAUAAUUUCAACCAUGUUAUGAGAAUAUUGUAUUUCCUAUUUAUGCUAUUGUUUAUGUCAAAGUAAUAUUAGCGAUCCACAUAUUAUGUAUGCAUGUGUAUAGUUUUAUACAAACAAAAUAUACUGUGUGUAUGCAUAUAUAUGUAUGUAUAUAUACUUUUUCAUGAUACUGGAGUACAUCUGCAGCCUCUUUUUUAUUUUUAUUUUGAGAUAAGAUUUUGUUAUAUUGCUAAGUUUGGGCUCAAACUUGUGAUCUUCUUGCCUCAGCCUCCUAAGGUGCUAGCAUUACAGGCAUAGACCACCAUACCUGGUUAAUAUGUAAUUGUAUCUAUUGAGUUACUUUUUCUUUCUAAAAUAAUCACCUUAUACUUCUAAAUUGUUUUAUAUUUAUAAAAUACAUUGAUAAAAAUUUAAAUUCUUAGAUACUAAUCUCAGAGUGCAUGCAGUUGUUUUUAAUCAAGGUACAAUGAACAGAUUAACUUUCUGUUUUCAUGGAAAUAUAUCAGUAUUUAUUAAAACCAUUUUCACUUUA